AUGAAUCUUGCGGAUCUUUCGUUGGAUGAUAUAAUUGCUAGACAGAAAAAGGUUCAGAAAAAAAAGGGCGGGAAUCUUGAACUAGCCAGUAGUAAAUUAGUGAAACAACGUGGACGAGGUUUUACCAGAAAGUAUGAGUCUAGUGACACAUUAUUCACUAAGUCAAAGAGUGUUCCUGAAGGCAAAUGGGGACAUGAUGGUUUUGAAGAGUUAUACGGUGGUGGGACAAUACGCCAAGAAAAAGCUCCAGCUAUAAGGGCUGGAGGAAAACUUUUUGGAAGAUCAAUGCUGAACCGUAAAGUGAAGUUGCACAUUACCAACCUCGCGCCUACCGUCAACACUGCUGAUUUAAAUGAGUUACUAGAGAGCUUCUCCGUUGAGUCUGCUACAGUUAAUUAUGAUGAGUUGGGCCAGUCGGUUGGCACUGCUGAUGUUGUCACUGAUGCCGCUUCUGCUGAGGAGAUUAAAAGCAAUUUUGCCGGUGUUGCUUUAGAUGGCCAAACUAUGCGGAUGUUUAUAAUAGAUGAGUCUGCUGAGGAUGCCCCAGUAAAAAGCAUAAGAGAUCGUCUUUCUUUGGUGAAGCGUCCUGUUCGCGUAAGUAGGGGGAUCGUGAAGCGUAAAGAUAUACGCACAUUUCGAUCUGGGAGGCUUGGUGGUUCAAAUCGUAUGCGAUUGAAGGGACGAAGGAGAGAUGACAAGCGGAAGAAAAUGACCGAUGCCGAGUUAGACAAAGAACUUGAAGAGUAUAUGAAGAAAGGUUCAGGAACACAGCCAAUGGAUUCGUAG